GUGCUAGAGCCUUCCCAGGAGCUUGGAUUUCCCCGAGCGAUGCAAGCGCCUAGGGCAUCGCCGAUCCGUCCAUCCAAAUGCGGCGGACUGGCAGCGCGCCACGCCGGUACGUGUUGAUGCUGUAGCGCUGCGAGCGAGCAAGAAGGGUUUUCGCGGAUCGAUCGAUUGAGAUGACGAGGCUGAUGAGGAUUCUUUCCGUGAUGGUUUUGGCUACAUCGACGAGAUUACGUGCCGAGGAUGUGCCCUUUGGGACGGGAUUGUGGUAUAUCUAUGCCGGGAUCUCGACCUUCCUGGUUGUGUUUGCUGGGCUCAUGUCUGGUCUCACGCUGGGACUCAUGAGCUUAGGCGUGGUGGACCUGGAAGUUCUACAAAGAAGUGGUACUCCCAAGGAGAAGCGUCAAGCGGCGGCAAUCUUUCCAGUGGUUCAAAAGCAGCACCAGCUCCUGGUGACUUUACUUCUCUGCAAUUCAGCUGCCAUGGAGGCUCUGCCGAUUUUCCUGGACAAGAUGUUCGAUCCUGUCACAGCAGUCAUAUUGUCCGUUACAUUUGUGCUUGCGUUUGGAGAGGUUCUUCCUCAAGCCAUUUGUGCUCGAUAUGGGCUCGCUAUCGGUGCGAAUCUCGUCUGGCUUGUCAAAGUAUUGAUGGUGGUCUGUUAUCCAAUUUCUUAUCCCGUUGGGAAGUUGCUGGAUGCUGUACUCGGACCUCACGACUCCUUGUUUCGUCGCCCACAAUUGAAGGCCCUUGUCUCCAUUCAUGCGAUGGAUGCAGGCAGAGGCGGUGAGCUCACUCACGAUGAAGCGACUAUAAUCAGCGGAGCUUUGGACUUAACUGAAAAGACUGCAGAAGAAGCGAUGACACCUGUUGAGUCUACAUUCUCUCUUGAAGUUAACUCCAAACUUGAUUGGGAAGCAAUGGGACGGAUACUUGCUCGGGGUCAUAGUCGUGUGCCAGUUUUUGCUGGAAGCCCUCGUAACAUCAUCGGACUGUUGCUGGUGAAAAGCCUAUUGACAGUUCGGCCUGAAGCCGAAACGCCUGUCAGUGCUGUGUCCAUACGAAAGAUACCAAGAGUACCUGCGGACAUGCCUUUGUACGAUAUCCUGAACGAGUUCCAGAAGGGAAACAGCCACAUGGCAGCUGUGGUGAAAGCGAAGAUGAAAAGGAAGCCAAGGCACACUGCACAUCACACACAUAAUGUGAACCACGAGGAACGCUGGUCGGACGGUCCCAAGCAGCAUGACGAUGAAAAUGGAAAGGCAGCCUUGGAGAAGAAUGAAACGACGAUUGAUGUAGAUGCAACUCAACCAAAGCCUCCAGAUUCACGUGAUGAAGAUGAUCCCGGAGAUGAUUUAGAAGACGGAGAAGUUAUAGGUAUUAUCACUUUGGAAGACGUGAUUGAAGAGCUGCUCCAGGAGGAGAUAGUCGAUGAAACUGACGAAUACGUAGAUGUUCACAGGAGAAUUCGUGUUGCUGCUGGAUCCGUCUCGAAAGUCGCCACUAGUGUCCGUCGAGUGGGGUCGUCGUAUCGUGUUUUGGGGCCUACUGGUGCGAAGUCCAACAUAAACAGCCAAGUGUCCGGGGGUAGCCCGAAUCGUUUUGUCCUAGAGGCAGAUUGCAAGCAAAACGCUGAGAAGGCGACGCAUAAGCCCACGUCGGAAGGCUUGACAGAGCCUCUUCUUGGAAAUGGUGGCGUCGUGGUGGCAUAAAAACUUAGGAAGUCUUGAGCAUGGAUACAAGCAGUCGACGAGGAGGCUUGGAUGGAUGCCUCGAAUGGAGCACGGCGUGAUUGUUCACAACCAUGACAUCUCCUGGCUUCCACUUGUGAGGUACUUGGUGGUCGUUCAUAAAUGCAAGCGAGGCUUUAAGAGCGUCUGGUGGAAGCGGUGUUCCAUCGCCAUAUUCCAAAUGCCGGAGGUUUGGAAUGGUGGGAUCGGAAGAGCCAAUGUUGUUGAACCACGUC